AUGUACCGGAGCAGUCUUCUCGGCUUCGCCGCGCUGGCCAGUGCCGCGCCCCAGGGCGGCUUCGAUAGCACCCUCACCAUGCUGAGGUUCGGUUGCGCCCAGGUCGUCAUCGACCGUCUCGAUCCCCUUGUCAACCCCGGUGUCAUUCCCUCUCCGCAUGUUCACCAGAUCGUGGGUGGCAAUGGAUUCAACGCUUCGAUGACGACCGGCGAUGUUUCCGCUACCGCCUCCUGCACGACAUGUGCGUUCUCCGAGGACUUCUCGAACUACUGGACAGCGAACAUGUACUUCAAGGCCCGCAACGGCACCUACAAGCGAGUUCCUCAGCUCGGCGCGGCGUACGUAUUGCGCUUGUUCUUAUCCGGACCCAGGGUUCUCUGGGUAUACUCAUCCGCAACAGCUAACACGCCGCUCCUGUACAGGCUCCAGUUCGGUGACAAUUUCAGUACCGAGAUCUCAGGUGGUGUGCUGGUCUACUACGUCUCCGCUCAGCCGGGCGAAAUCACCGCUUUCCAGCCGGGUUUCCGCAUGCUCGUCGGUGACCCGACCAAGCGUACGGCCGACACGAACCUGAAACUGCAGAACUGCUACCGCUGCUACACCGGUCCCAACUUCGGUGGCGAUGUUAACGCACCUUGCCAGGACGACAGCAUUGACACUCAGGGUCUGCCCAACAAGCAAUGCGCGGGCGGUAUCCGAUCUAACCUUCUGUUUCCCACCUGCUGGGACGGCAAGAACCUCGACAGCCCGAACCACCAAGCCCACGUCGCCUACCCAACAACGGGACCAGCCGCGUUUCUCAGUCUGGGCGGCGCCUGCUCGUCGACGCACCCGGUCCGGAUCCCACAGUUGAUGUACGAGGUGGUCUGGGACACGACCCAGUUCAACGACGAGUCGAUCUGGCCAGCCGACGGGUCGCAGCCAUUCUAUUUAAGCUAUGGCGACAACACCGGGUACGGACAGCACGGCGAUUACGUGUUCGGCUGGAAGGACGACGCACUCCAGAAGGCCAUGGAUACGUCGGGCUGCAUGGGAGCCACGUGCUCCACGCUCAAGAACCAGGUCAUCGCCGACGCCAAGCAGUGCUCCGUCAAGACCGUCGUCCAGGAGGACCACGAGGGCUGGCUCACUGAACUGCCGGGCGCGGACACGGCUAUGCCCAUGUAG